AUGGAAAUGCUAACAGUUCGAUAUUCGAAUCGUGAAUUAUAUUGGAUAAAUGCAAAUCGUUUAAUUCGUCGUGCAAUAUGGACAAAUAAUCGAACAUGGAAUGUAACAAAUUAUCUACAAAUAAGUAUUGGAUCACAAAGAAAUUCUAUUCUUGGUCUUACACUUGAUUGGAUAGCUGGAAAUUUAUAUUUUUCUUAUAUAACAAAUUCAUAUGGUCAUUUAGAAGUUAAUCGUCUUGGUACAGAUCAUCGUUUAAUCUUACGAAAAGGAACAAAUGAAACAAUUUAUGCUAUUGCUGUUAAUCCAAAACGAAGAUUUCUUUAUUGGUGUGAUCGUGGUCAACGUGUUCGUAUAGGUCGUUCAUUACUCAAUGGUGAAAAUAUAACAUAUCUUGUAACAACACAAAUUAUUCGACCAGAAUCAAUAGCAAUUGAUUUUCUUACUGAUGAUAUUUAUUGGUCGGAUUCUAUACGUGAUACAGUUGAAUCUAUUUCAUGGGAUGGAAGAAAUCGUCGUACAAUUUCACGUAAUAUUCCAAAAGCAAUUAGUCUACUUAUUGCAAAUAGUGAUUUAUAUAUCAUGGAUCGAGCAUUUUCAUCGAUAAUGCGCAUUAAUAAAACAGCUAGUAAUAUGACACAACGUUUAGAAUCAAUAUUAACAUUAAAAACAUUUGAAGUUGGUGGUAUGACAUUAUUUGACGAACAACCAAAUUUUGAAUCACCAUGUCAAACGUCAACAGUUCGACAACGUUUUUGUGAAGAUCUUUGUUUUGCUAUGCCUGAUACAAGUGUACCACAAUGUGCAUGUGCAUAUGGAACAUUAAAUAUAGAUCGACGAACUUGUGCACCACCAAAUGAAUAUUUACUUGUUGCAAUGGAAAAAGAAAUUCGUUCAAUGUCAAUGGAACCACAUGGUUUUUCAACAAGUGCACCAUGGCGUGCAAUUACAAAUUUAAGUAUGGUUGUUGGAAUUGAUUUUGAUUAUCGAGAUAAGAAAAUAUUUUAUACGGAUCUUCGUUUACAAGAUAUAUUUUCAUUUGAUAUGAAUGAUCCAAAUCCACAUGCACGACAACUAGUACAAUCAAAUGUUACUGGUCGUUCACAACCUGUUGGUAUAUCAUAUGAUUGGGUAUCGGAUCGUUUAUAUUGGACAGAUGAACGAUACGGAAGAAUAAUUUCAGCAAGAAAUAAUGGUUCAGAAAGAUUAAUUAUAGCUGGUAGUUCACAACCAAGAGCAAUUGCUGUUCAUCCAUGCAAAGGAUUAUUAUUUUGGUCAACUGUUGGUAUUUAUCCAUCAAUUCGUCGUUCGACAUUAACUGGAAGACAAGUAACUUAUAUUAUUACGACUAAUAUAAGAUGGCCAAAUGGAUUAACAAUUGACUUUGAUGAUGAUCGUAUUUAUUGGGCAGAUGCUUGGUUUGAUCGUAUUGAACGUGCAUCAUUGGAUGGUACAAAUCGAGAAGUUAUAUCAACAGUUGUUCAUCCAUUUGCAAUAACUGUUCAUGGACAUUACAUUUAUUGGACUGAUUGGGCUUUUCGUGGUAUUUAUCGUGCCGAAAAAUAUACUGGUGCUAAUAUGAUUGAAAUGCAAAACGAUCUUCCAUAUCGUCCAAUGGAUAUUCAUGUUGUAUCUGAUCAACGUCAAAAAUGUUCCUAUUCACCAUGUAAUAUAAGUAAUGGUGGUUGUAGUCAUAUAUGUAAAACAUCAGCUGAUAAUCAAGUUGAAUGUGCAUGUCCAAGUGGACAACAAUUAAAAUUAGCUAAUGAUCGACGAAUGUGUGUUCCAUUAUCAUCAUCAUGUGCUUCAGUGAAUUUCACUUGUCGAAAUGGUCAAUGUCUUUCAAGACGAAAAGUUUGUGAUGGUCAAUCAGAUUGUUCUGAUGGUUCAGAUGAAGAUACAAGAUUUUGUUCACGUUACACUUGUCGACCAACUGAAUAUCGAUGUUUGAGUGGUGGCUGUAUUCCAUACAUUGAACGAUGUGAUCGAAAAAUCGGUAAGUAG